CACCGCUGGGCAGUCACUGUAGGCAGUCGGUAAUACCGCAGUCGGCAAGACAGCCGAACCCAUGUCAAGUGAGACCACUCGCAAAGGUGAAAUAGUGAGGAAACGCUGUCAUGUGAGGAAAGAAAAAGAAAAAAAAAGUUGAAUCAAAACAAACUAAGAAAUUGUGCGUGAGGAAAAUAGUCGGAGAAUAAUCUUUUUUAUUGCGAAAAAUUAAGUUUAGGUAAAGUAAAAAUUCGAAGAUUUAGUUGUAGAGCAGUCUACUCUCUGUACUACUGUCGCCGUACGUGAAUUUGGACGGCUAGCAAAUUGAUAGUGCAGCAAGAAGAGGCUCAGAGGAGAUUAAAUCUGCUGAAUAUUUUAUCGCGCCACCCGAAUAUCUGUCGUCGUUCGCUGAGUCGGACGACAAGCAAACCGAAGGAGUAGCAGGAGAGAAAAGGAGAAGGUGAAAUCAGGAAAGAUUCGACAUUGGAAGAACGAGGAUACUAUUUAAUUUUUGAGCUGCUGCUGAUAGUGCUGCUACAAAAAUAUAGUUUCUGGUUCAUCCGAACAAACUCAAAAAUUAAAUAUCGAGAUUUCGGAUAACCUCAAUCACGAUGAGCGAAUCGAACAUGGAUUUCACUAUGACUCCGUGUGAAGCUUGCGGGAAGGUAUCAACGCAGAACGAGGAGAUGAUUGCCUGUGACAGCUGUGAGCGCUGGUAUCACUCCCGUUGCGUGGAAGUUACUGUGGCGACAAAAAAGGACACGAAAUGGUUCUGUCCCGAAGAUGGUUGCCAAGCAGUUUCCCAAUCUUACCAGAAGCAGAAGAAGGCAAACCGUUCGAAGAAGAAUACGGAGGAAUCGGACCGAUCGAGCGCGAAAUCCCUCGAGCGUCAACCUCCGACCUUGCCUCCAUCCGUUGCUGCAAAAAUCAGAGCAAUGGAAGCGGAGAAGAAGCGUUUGGAGGAGGAAAUGGAUGCGGAAUGUUUGUUGCGGGAAAAGGAGAUUGAAAUGAAGAACGCUUUGAAGGAAAGAAGGAUGCGUUUAGACCGUGAGCUGCGCGAAAAGGAGCUGCAGAAAGACCGAGAGCUUCGUGAACGGGAGAUCGAGGAAAAACGCCUUCAACAUCAAAGGGAACUGCAGGAGAAGAAGGAACAUCUUUGCCACAUAAGGAAGAUGGAAGAGAUCCAUCAGGAUCAGAUGUCCUUCGUAGAGGAACAGUUGAAGGAAGCGCUAAUGGUGAACAGCGGACAGAAAACAAAAUCGGUCGCUGAUCCCCAAGAAGGAUUUUCCGGAGCAUCCGGCGGAAAAUCUACCCCGUUGCGUCCUCCGGCGUUCGGCAAAUUGACGGAAGUUAAUCUGAAGAUGUUUGCACAGAACGCCGAGGGCACCAGUGAUGAAGAAAAUCGGUCGGAUAUUACAGACGGCGACGAGGGCUGUGACGACGAAAACGGCGAAAGAAACCGGAGGCCAAUAGUUGAUACAACUCCAUACGGGCUGGGGCAACAGCGUGCCGGACCAAGCAGGGCUCAAUUGGCUGCGAGAAGUGGGCUUACAAAAAAGCUUCCAACAUUCUCGGGGAAACCAGAAGAGUGGCCUCUCUUUUUCGGCGCCUAUCAAGCAUCCAAUGAAGCCUGUGGAUAUUCUGAUGUGGAAAAUCUGGUGAGACUUCAAGACUGUCUAAAGGGUUCAGCACUGGAGUCCGUCCGAGGCCAGCUUCUUCUUCCAAAGUCGGUCCCACGAGUAAUCGCAAAACUCCGCCAGCUUUAUGGACGCCCAGAACAGUUGCUGCAAAGCCACCUUGAAAAGGUACGCAGGCUCGAGCCACCAAAAGCUGAAAAGCUAGCCAGUUUCAUACCAUUCGGCAAUGCGGUCGAGCAACUGUGCGAGCACUUGGAAGCAGCGGAACUCACGCUCCACUUGGUGAAUCCGAUUCUCAUCCAAGACUUGGUCGGCAAACUUCCGGACGGGGAAAAGCGUCAAUGGGUGCAGUAUAAGCGAAAGAAGAAUCCAGUUACACUUCGAACGUUUACGGAUUUUAUUUCGAGAAUCGUGGCAGAUGCUUGUGAGGCGAAUGUCACUUUCGAAUACAAACCGGAUGCUAGGUUUGCCGCAGGUACGAGUGGAAGAAGCAAACCGAAGGAGAAGGCAGCACUCUAUAGCCACUCCGAGGUAGAGUGUUCCAGCGCUGACGGGUCCAAUCGGGCGCAGCAAAAGCCGUGCAAGGUGUGUCAUCGAACUGACCAUCGUGUGCGAUUCUGCCAAGACUUCAAGGACUUGUCGUACGGCGAUCGCAUGAAAAUAGUGACAAGAUGGAAGCUGUGCAAAGUUUGCCUCAACGAACACGGUGGUCAGUGUCGUUUUAAGAUUCGUUGCAAUGUGGGUGACUGUAGGGAGCUGCACAAUCCACUAGUUCAUCCAGUCACAAGCGUGGUCGGCAUGAGCGCACACAUUCUCUCGAGCAGCUCGGUGCUGUUUCGGAUGGUUCCGGUGCAGGUACAUUGCGGAGGAAGAUCAGUGACAGUACUUGCCUUUCUGGAUGAGGGAGCAUCAGUUACUUUGAUCGAGAACAACCUGGCAAAUCGUUUGGGACUUGUAGGCGUGCAGGAGAAACUCACCAUCAAGUGGACGGCAGACGUCACACGUGUGGAGAAAAGCUCUAGGCGGAUGAGCGUAUGGACUUCGGCGGUUGGUGGGACAAGCCGUGACAAGUUCUUGCUUCAUUCUGUUCGUACGGUCGAGAGGAUGCUGCUGCCUCAUCAAACGUUGAAUGCCGAAGAAUUGUCGGCGAAAUACGAACACAUACGAGGCCUGGCAAUCUCAUCGUAUGAUGGCCGUCCGGAAAUAUUAAUAGGGCUUAACAAUAUCCAUUCGUUUGCCCCGAUAGAAGCGAAAGCCGGAACUACAAAUGAGCCGAUCGCAGUUCGCUGCAAGCUCGGCUGGACAAUUUACGGACCGAGACAAGCAGAUUCAGCGCUGACAGGAAGCUAUCUAGGGUAUCAUCAAGAGGUAUCCAAUGAAGCGAUUCAUGACCUUCUAAAGAGUCACUAUGCGUUAGAAGAAUCGGUGGUGAGUGUACAGCAGGAAUCGGUUGAAGACCAACGGGCUCGUUCGAUAUUAGAGCGAACCACGAAACGCGUGGGUAAUCGUUUUGAGACCGGACUUCUCUGGAAGAUGGACGACGUGCAUUUUCCAGAUAGCUAUCCCAUGGCUCUCAAGCGGACGAAGCAGCUAGAAAGAAAGUUGGAGAAAUCACCGGAAUUGUACCAAAACAUCCGGGAUCAGAUUAAAAGGUACCUGGAGAAUGUAUAUGCUCAUCUAGCCACAGAAUCAGAGCUGGUUAGCACCGAAUGUGACAAAGUGUGGUAUCUUCCUCUCAAUAUUGUGUUGAACCCAAAAAAACCCAACAAGGUCCGAAUAGUAUGGGAUGCUGCUGCAACUGUGCAAGGAGUUUCACUAAAUUCAAUGUUGUUGAAGGGACCCGAUCUACUCGUGCCAUUGGUGUCGGUGAUCAUUGGGUUCCGCCAACGAAGGAUUGCCUUUGGCGGGGAUAUCCGAGAGAUGUAUCACCAGCUGAAAAUUAUUCCCGGGGACAAGCAAGCACAACGUUUCCUCUUCCGGGAUAACAGUAGUGAGCCACCGAAAGUGUACGUGAUGGACGUCGCCACGUUUGGGUCGACGUGCUCUCCGGCGUCGGCGCAAUACAUCAAGAACCGAAAUGCAGAAGAGCAUGCGGCACAAUAUCCGGAAGCUGCGGGGGCAAUUAUCAAUCGGCAUUAUGUCGAUGACUAUUUCGACAGUGUUGACACCGUCGAAGAAGCCGUAGAACGUGCAAAGCAGGUGAGUCACAUCCAUAAACAAGCCGGGUUUGAGAUUCGCAAUUGGGUGUCGAACUCACCCGAAUUUCUGUCAGCUCUGGGAGAGGAGAAACCAAUGGAACCGGUACUCUUUAACCAAGAUAAACAGGCAUGUAGCGAGCGUGUGCUAGGAGUAUUCUGGGAUCCGGAACGGGAUGUAUUUGCGUUCAACAUAAAACACCGUGAGGAUAUAAAAGCGUACCUGUACGACGGUGAGCGACCGACGAAGCGGAUAGUAUUGAGUUGUGUGAUGGGGUUUUUCGAUCCACUGGGUUUGCUAUCUCCCUUUACAAUUCAUGGUAAAGUAAUCAUUCAACACUUGUGGCGAAACGGUUGUGAAUGGGACCAACUAAUCGACGACAAGGCUUGGUUAAAGUGGAAACAGUGGACCGACUUGUUGCCGCAGGUAGAAGCCUUGCGAAUCCCGCGAUGCUAUUUAGGGGAUGCUGUAUCGACCUCGGUCGACUCGCUUGAAUUGCACAUUUUUACGGAUGCGAGCGAGCAUGCCUACGGCUGUGUUGCAUAUCUGCGUGCUGUCGUGAACGGAUCGGUACAGUGUAGCCUGGUCAUGUCCCGCGCAAAGGUGGCUCCGCUUAAGAGACAAUCGAUCCCUCGGUUGGAGUUGAUGGCUGCGGUUCUUGGGGCCAGGAUGAGUCAAACGAUUCUAUCGUCACAUAAUUUACAGAUCGCACGCACCUUUCUUUGGACCGAUUCACGAACAGUUCUUUCCUGGCUGCAUUCCGAUACGCACGGGUACAAACAGUUCGUCGCAUUCAGAGUUGGGGAGAUUCUGGACUUGACGAGAUUGGUAGACUGGUACUGGGUGCCAUCAAAGCAAAACGCUGCAGAUGUUCUCACCAAAUGGGGCCGUGGUCCACCAUUACAGAAUGAUGCGGAAUGGAAGAACGGUUCGUAUUUUCUGUAUCAAUCGCGCGAUCAGUGGCCAUGCACUGGGCGAAUAGAUGAGACGAAUGAAGAAGCACGAGGAGUCGUGCUAUGUCAUGCGGUGGUCGACGCUGCAGCUGUUUCUCGAUGGGUAAAGCUGGUUAGAGUGACUGCAACGGCAGUGCGCUUUAUUGCCAACAUUCAGCGUAAGAAAGCCGGGUUACCAACCGUUACAUCCAAGGCCACGAAGAUCCAGCACAGACACAUAAAGGCUGAGUACUUGACUGUUCAGAAGCCACUUCAGCAGGAGGAACUGAGAGAGGCCGAAACCAUUCUGUGGAAGCAGGUGCAAUUUGACAGCUUUCCGGACGAGAUGAGUGCGUUGAUGAAAAACCUGCAGCAUAAACCAGAUCUGCCACUUGCAAAAAUUGAAAAAUCUAGUUGCCUCUACAAGUUGUCGCCGGUGCUUGAUGCAGAGGGCGUGUUGAGAGUACGAGGCAGGCUGGAAAAGAACGAGUCAAUACCGUUCGACAAAAGGUAUCCGAUAAUUCUGUCCAGGAAGCACGAAAUAACAAAAAAGUUGAUCCUGCAUUUCCACGAGAAGUACGGCCAUGCGAAUCGAGAAACCGUUUUCAACGAAUUGCGGCAGAAGUUUUGGAUACCAAAUGCUCGCGCUGCAAUACAGCAAGUGACAAAAGAAUGCGUGUGGUGCAAGGUGAAUCGCUGUGUACCUCGCAUUCCUAUGAUGGCACCACUGCCGGUUCAACGCAUCACCCCUCACUUGCGUCCCUUUAGUGCAGUGGGUGUUGAUUACCUGGGUCCUGUCGAGGUCACGGUGGGGCGUAGGAAAGAGAAGAGGUGGAUCGCUGUCUUCACGUGCAUGGCGAUAAGGGCCGUACACCUGGAGAUAGUUCACAGCUUGACUACGCAAUCUUGCUUGAUGGCUAUCCGACGAUUUGCAUGCAAGCGAGGAGCUCCGGAACAAAUUUUUUCGGACAAUGCUACCUGUUUCCAUGGGGCAGACAUAGUGAUGAAGAAAGCGAUGGAAAAGAUUAACAGUGAGUGCGCUGAAAAGGUCUCAUCGACUGCUACCGCAUGGCUCUUCAAUCCUCCUGGGACACCACAUAUGGGCGGUGUUUGGGAACGGAUGGUGCGAUCCAUCAAAGAGGCUCUGCGUGUGCUAGAUGAUGGCCAAAAGCUAACGGACGAAAUCCUUUCAACAACGUUGGCUGAAGCUGAGGAUAUCAUUAACACUCGUCCAUUGACAUAUAUCCCACAAGAAUCAGCCGAGGAAGAAGCUAUAACCCCCAACCAUUUUCUCCGUGGAACGGUGACGAGUGCGGACGUGCGAAUGGGAGACUCUGUGGGCAUCGCAGAUGCUCUACGAAAUAAUUACAAGCGGUCACAGUAUCUCGCCAACAGAUUGUGGGAACGUUGGUCGAAGGAAUAUCUACCAACUCUGAAUCAUCGACCAAAGUGGAUAGAAGAUCGAAAGCCAUUGCAAGUUGGAGAUUUAGUGUUCGUUGUUGAUGGGAAGAAUAGGAAGAACUGGGUACGAGGAAGAAUACAAGAAGUAGUCAGAGGAGCGGAUGGAAGGAUUCGUCAAGCGGAUGUAAGAACUGCGGAUGGGAAGGUGCAUAGGCGUGCGGUGGUGAAUUUGGCGGUGUUGGAGAUUCAGGAUGGUAAAUCCGGGAAUUCCGGAGAAAUUUCCGGAUGUUACGGGCUGGGGUAUGUUGACACCGCUGGGCAGUCACUGUAGGCAGUCGGUAAUACCGCAGUCGGCAAGACAGCCGAACCCAUGUCAAGUGAGACCACUCGCAAAGGUGAAAUAGUGAGGAAACGCUGUCAUGUGAGGAAAGAAAAAGAAAAAAAAAGUUGAAUCAAAACAAACUAAGAAAUUGUGCGUGAGGAAAAUAGUCGGAGAAUAAUCUUUUUUAUUGCGAAAAAUUAAGUUUAGGUAAAGUAAAAAUUCGAAGAUUUAGUUGUAGAGCAGUCUACUCUCUGUACUACUGUCGCCGUACGUGAAUUUGGACGGCUAGCAAAUUGAUAGUGCAGCAAGAAGAGGCUCAGAGGAGAUUAAAUCUGCUGAAUAUUUUAUCGCGCCACCCGAAUAUCUGUCGUCGUUCGCUGAGUCGGACGACAAGCAAACCGAAGGAGUAGCAGGAGAGAAAAGGAGAAGGUGAAAUCAGGAAAGAUUCGACAUUGGAAGAACGAGGAUACUAUUUAAUUUUUGAGCUGCUGCUGAUAGUGCUGCUACAAAAAUAUAGUUUCUGGUUCAUCCGAACAGCCAGUGUGUUGAACAGCUACUUUGUCAUCGCCGAAACUGACGUCGUUAGCUUCCUCCACAAAUUUAACUGAAUUUCGUUUAAUAUUUUUUCGUUUAUAACAAGUGCGAGUAACAUGGUCUUUUAUUCCACAAAAAUCGCACUGUUCUCUUCUUCCGAGUCUCGAUUUAAUUGGCCCUCUAAUAGAGGGAAAAAUAGAAUAACUGAUUCAUAAAAUAAUGUUCACAAUUUAGGAGAGGAUUCACUUACCACUUGCUGA